AAUUCGAAAAUUUCAGCGUGUUAGCACACACGUUUAAUAGUCUUUAUUAAAUCAUAGAUCCUGUCGCACUUUGGUACGAUAAUUGAUCCAUCAUGCAGGUCUCUAAUCCAAACGAUGUAAAAAUAUAUAAUCUGAGCGUUGGAAAAUCAUUACCGGAGUGGCUUUCUGAUAGAGCUAAAAGAAAUUUAUUAAAAAAAGAUAUAGAUGUCAGAAGACGUAUUGAACUUAUUCAAGAUUUUGAGAUGCCUACAGUUAGCAAUUGCAUCCAAAUCACACCAGACAAACAAUAUAUACUAGUGACUGGGAUAUAUAAGCCUCGUGUCAAAUGUUAUGAUGUUAAUCAACUAUCUUUGAAAUUUGACCGAGGAAUGGACGAAGAAGUCGCUCAGUUUCAAAUAAUAUCAGAAGAUUACUCGAAAAUGGUAUUUCUACAGGUAGAUAGAUUUGUUGAAAUACAUGCUCAGGAUGCUAAAUACUAUAGACUCAGACUACCAAGAGUUUGUAGAGAUUUUCGAUACCAUAAACCAAGUUGUGAUUUAUAUUUUGUAGGAAAAAGCGACGAAAUAUACAGAUUGAAUUUAGAACAAGGAAAAUUUGUUACUUCAUUACAAACAGAUGCUACAGAUAUAAAUUGUUGUGAUAUUAACCCUCUUCAUGAUCUGUUUACUUGUGGAACAACAGAGGGCCAUGUUGAAUGUUGGGAUCCAAGAACUAGGAGGAGGGCUGCUAAACUUGAUUGCGGCUUAAGUACUCUCAUGGAAAACGAUAUUGACACAAAGAAAGUUCCGGCGAUUACUCAUAUCAAACAUCGAGAUGGACUAAACAUGGCUGUUGGAACGUCGACCGGUCACAUUCUUCUAUAUGAUAUCCGAUCUAGUAAACCUUUAUUGGUAAAAGAUCACAACUAUGGCUUGCCCAUUAAAAGUAUCAACUUUAAGAGUGAUCCAGAUUUAGUUUUGUCUUCUGAUACGAAAAUUUUAAAAUUAUGGCAUAGAAAUACGGGUCAAGCAUAUACUUCAAUUGAACCGGGAAGUAAUCUAAAUGCCUGCUGUACUUUUCCCGAUAGUGGUCUUAUUUUUAUGGCAAACGAAGCUCCGAAAGUUUUGGCUUAUUAUAUUCCCGCUUUAGGAGCAGCUCCCAAAUGGUGUUCUUUCUUAGACAACUUGACAGAAGAACUAGAAGAAGAUCCAGAACCUACAGUUUAUGAUGACUACAAAUUUGUAACCAGAACAGAACUGGAAUCAUUACAUUUAAGUCAUUUAAUUGGCUCUAAAAUGUUACGAGCCUACAUGCAUGGUUAUUUUAUGGAUCUAAGGCUAUACAAUAAAGCCAAAUCAAUAAUUCAGCCAUUUAAAUAUACUGAAUACAAGAAAGCUAAGAUUAAGGAAAAGAUUGAGAAAGAGCGAGAAGAAAGAGUUAAAGUAAAGAAACUGCCUAAUGUCAACAAAGCUCUUGCUGAAAAGUUAACAUUUGCAGAACAGGAAGGAAGCAAGAAAGAGAAAUUGAGAGCUGAAACUUUACUUAAAGACGACCGUUUCUCCAAAAUAUUUAAAGAUCCUGCUUUCCAAGUUGAUGAAGAAUCGGAAGAAUAUAGGUUAUUGAAUCCUGUAGUUUCGAAACUAGAUAAAAAGAAAAAAAAGAGUACGCUGCAGGAUCAAUUUGAAGAAGUUGAAGACGAAUCAGAAUCUGAGAGCUCUGAUGACGAUCGACAAUGGACUGAAGAAGUUAAAAAGCAAUACAGAGAGAUUGCUAGAGCGAAGAAAGGCGAAAAAAUGAGAGAGAGAGAUGAUUUACGAGACGAAGACUUAACAAUAAGGAAAACUAAACUUAUGUCACUAAAGGAUAAUCAUUUUGAAACUGACAGUCGGGAAGCGAAGCGAAAAAGAAAGCUUGCAAAGAAAACUUUAGGAGAAUUGGUGAAAGAAGAGAAUGAAGGAGGUAUGAUUAGUCAGAGAAGAAACAUGUCUGGAAAUAUUGAGAUGACAUUUUCGUUAAGAAAGAAUAAAAAGGAUGAAGAGCAGAAAGAAGCUUUGCGAGAACAUCGAAAAGAAAGACAGAAAAUAAGAAGAUCGGCCGGCCAUCUUACUAGAGGGAGAGGAAAAUCAAAUUUUUGGAAGAGAACUUAA